CCGGGAUCUUCCGCUCUCUCUCUCGACGUCGCCUCGCCCUUCGUCUUCCCCGACCUCCGCCGAAACCGCCAUGGCCUUCACCGGCAAGUACGAGAUGGAGAGCCAGGAUAACUACGACGAGUUCCUGAAGCGCAUCGGUGUUUCUGAUGAUGUCAUCGAGAAGAGCCGCACCUUCAAGACCGUGACGGAGGUGGUCCAGAACGGCAACGAGUUCACCUGGUCCCAGGUGUACCCCAGCAAGACCAUGACCAACAAGUUUGUCAUCGACCAGGAGAGUGAAAUGGAGACCAUGGCUGGGACAAAGUUCAAGGCCACCGUAACCAUGGAGGGGGGCAAGAUCUGUGUGAAAUUCCCCAACUACCAUCAAGUGGUGGAGAUCAGCGGGGGGAAGCUGGUUGAGUGCUGCACCGUGACCGGCGGGUCUGGCUCCGUGACCAUGAAGAGAACCAGUAAGAGGGUCUAAAAAUCUGGC